UGCACAAUUGGUGGCUGACUAAAUACUUUUUUGCCCCACUAUAUGAGUUACUAUAUCCUUCCUGGCAAAAAAGCUCAAACCACCUUGAAUCUGUCCAUUUCCCUCUGACCCUCUCUUAUCAACAAGGCGUUUGUUUCCACCCACAGAACUGUCGCUCACUCACUCAGUGUUUUUUGUUUUCUGCACCAUUCUGUGUAAACUCUAGAGACUGUUGUGUGUGAAAACCCCAGGAGAUCAGCAGCUUCUGAAAUACUCAAACCAGUCCAUCUGGAUCAAACCAACACCCAGACCACAGUGAGAGAAAGUCACACUGUGAGAUCACAAUGUUUCCCGUUCUGAUGUUUGAACAUUGUGAACAUUAACUGAAGCUCGUGAUUUGUAUCUGUGGGAUUUGAUGUGGAGGGGUCGGCUGAUUACAGAACUGCAGGUGGUGUAUUAUGGGUGUUCCUAAUAAAGUGGCUGGUGAGCACAUAUCCACCUGUUUACAGUAAACAACACAAAAUGCAAGUAUUAAGGUUUUGAGUUGACUCGCCCUCAUUACUGGGCAUCGUUUAUCUGUUCAAGCGGAAUACGAAUGGAUUUAUGUGUAAAUCUUUAGUACGAGUGUUUACAUGAGAAAUUUGGCACGCAUGUGUAAAAAUAAAUAAAUAAAUAAGUUCGUUUCCUACUCGUGCUCCUGAGCGUAAACUUACACAUAAGAAGACAAACUAAUGUCAACCUCAACUCGAUUGACUUCAGAUCUUUACUUCACUUUUAUAUCGGGACCAUACUGUCAAGUUUAAAUUGCUGAUUUUUUUUUUUUUUUAAUCAUUAUGUUUCCAGCGUUGAGCAGAUGGGAGUCUUUAUCCGGGGAGAUUCAUCCCAGUGCUUUGGAGCCCAAAGAGUACUGUUGGGAAGCUUUUAUAUUAUUGGCCUUAAUUAAAGAAUGUAAGAAUAAAAUGAGUGAGCCGACAUAAACCCCUCAACUGAAACUCGUAAAACUAAUCAUUCAUUUCCGAUAAAAGCAACAGUAGCGUGUACAGAGCGUUGGGGCUGGUUGAGUGAGCUGGGAACAACCAACUCGCUGGUGGAAGAUGUAGCUCCUCUUCUUCUCCUUCUUCCUCUAGACGUGAGUCAGAAUAACUUCCACUUCUGUUUUUCAGACUUGACCCUGAUCAGUCGUUUCAUGCUCCCAGCUGCCUGUACACUUUACCUUUUAUGGAGUUUUGUGCGUGUCACUAAAUGCAAAUGAGCUUAGCUGGUAGCAACAUAACAUUUUAAAACUGUUCAUGUGGAGCAUAUCCUGGCUGAUCAUCUACAUUUAAAGUACAGGAGAUGUUCAUUGUGUGUAUUAGGGAUGCACGAUAUAUCGGCAUUAACAUCGGUAUCGGCCGAUAUUCGGCAUUUUUUAACAUAUCGGCAUCGGUCCGAUGUGUAAAACUGGGCCGAUAUUAAUGACCGAUGUUAUAUUCGUCCACUUGCUAUUUGUGUAGUGUCAGGAGAGGGGGAGGGUGAUUUGACCAUGCUGUAUUUGUUUGGGCAUGUGACGGUGUCAGUGAGGCAAAGCAGCAUGGGAUUGUGGGAUGUCAAACUGAAGAGGAGAAAAAAUAUCGGUAGUGUGGUCGUUCUUCACUGUGUCCAAAGAAGAUAAUCGAAAAGCUAUAUGCAACACUUGCAAAGUCGAGGUAAUGCGAGGAGGAUGCUGCAUCAAGUCAUUCAACACCACUAAUUUGAUUUGCCAUUUGAAAAAACGCCACCCAGAAGUUCACAAACAAUGGCAGGAAGCUAACGCUGCUAAUGUUAGCAAGCACAAAUCGAAAGCAGCAGUUGAGAAGCCAAUACAGCAAGUACUGGAGCAAAGCAAGGAAUUUGCCAAGGACAGUGCAAAAGCCAAGUCAGUAACAAACAAGGUAAUGGAAAUGAUUGCUCUUGACGACCAGCCAUUUUCCAUAGUCGAGGACCGAGGUUUUCGGCGGCUGAUAGAGCAUAUUGAAUCCCACUACAGUCUUCCAAGUCGGCGCUACUUUUCCGACGUUUCCCUCCCGGCAUUGCAUGAAGUCGUGGCCACGCAUAUCCACAACAUGUUGGACAAUGUGACUGACAUUAGUUUCACUACGGAUACAUGGAGUUCGGACGUAAGUCAGAUGAGUAUGUUGAGCCUUACUGCUCAGUGGAUUGAUGACAACUUUGAAAUGAAGAGGGCUGUUUUGCAUGCACAGGAGUUCUCGGGAUCGCAUACGGGGGCUGCCAUCGCUAGCGCAUUUGAUUGCAUGUUUGCUCAGUGGAAAAUUAAAAAAGACAGUGUGCAUGUUGUGCUUCGCGACAAUGCACUGAAUAUGCAGAAGGCAAUGGACGAGUGCGGCGUUAAAAGCCUGGGCUGCAUGGCUCAUACACUCCAGUUAGCAGUGCAUGAUGGAGUGUUAAGCCAGCGAAGCACCUCUGACUGUGUGGCUAUUGGAAGCAAAAUAGUCGGACAUUUUCGCCACUCUCAGUUGGCCACCUCGCGGCUGAGAGACAUACAGCAAGAGUUAGGCAUGAAAACCAAGACGCUACAACAAGAUGUCACUACCAGGUGGAAUAGCACUUUUUAUAUGAUGCAAAGUCUACUGGAUCAGAAGCGUGCACUUGGUGUGUAUGCAGCAGAUCACGAGCUGCCUGUUUGUUUCAGCGCACAUCAGUGGGGCCUCGUUGAAAAUAUGAUUACGCUUCUCGCUCCAUUUAAACAAUUAACGGGGGAGAUCAGCUCACACUUGGCUACUACUGUGGACGUGGUUCACUCUGUUGUGGCACUAAAACGUCUGCUGAGUAAGGCAGCUGACAGACUGUGGAGUCCGCACUGCAAAGAACACUCUACUUGAAGCUGUGAGCGAAAGAUUUGAAAGUGCUUUCUCCGAGCCGCUUUACUCCUUGUCAACGAUCCUUGACCCCAGGUACAAAGACCGUUAUUUUGAUGCGGUCACCAAGCAAGCGGCGGUAAAUAUGCUGCAGAACCAAGUGGACAAAAUGAUGCACAGCGAUAGAGCUACGGAGACACCGGACACAGAAGAAUUGCAAAAGAAGAAGAAAAGAGCGAGCGAGGGUGGAAAGUCGCUGCUUGACAUGCAUGAUGAAAUUCUGGAGGAAAACUCUGUCGUGGAACAGCAGGCUGGCUUGACAAGCCACACAAGUGUGCAGGUGCAUGGCUAUCUGAAUGAGCCGCCCUUCCCCAGAAGUGAGAGCCCACUGCAGUAUUGGAAAAGCAACAUGUCUCGCUUUCCUGUUCUGGCCUUUCAGCUCCAUGUACAAGCGUCGACAGCGAGCGUCUCUUCUCUGCUGCAUCACACAUUGUUGAUGAAAAGAGAAACAGGAUCCACUGCGAGAAAGCAGAAAUGCUUCUUUUUGUCAAAAAAACCCUGCCUUUGCUGAUGAAGUAGGCCUAGAUUACAGGCCACAGUUAUGUCACAGUUCUUGUUCUAAUUUGUUCUGAUUUGUAUUUAACAUUUUAAAAGAUUGGACUUAAAAUCAGUGAAAGUCACUUUCUUUUUAUUCUAUUUUUUUAUUAUUGAUUUAUCAUCCUUAAUGUAUUUUUUUUUUUUAUCUAAACUCUCUCACAGGGUAAAAUAAGUUAAAAUUUACUUUUAGUGUUUUCAAAGCAGAGACUUAAAUACAAGGCAGAACAUGCAUUUCUAACUUUGUUUAGACAAGAAUAAAUGGAGAUUAAAGAUAUCUGAAGGUAUAACUCAGAUUAUGCAUUUCAGGAAGUAGGGAGAACUACAGACUAAGUUUUUUGUUUUGGUUCAGUACUUUUGUCAGUACUAUAAAUACCUAGGACUUACUCUGGAUGUCGACCUUAGCUUUGAAAAACAAAUAAAAGUUGUAUCACGCUGCAGGCAGAGCACUGGGAGCUGUCCUUAAUAAGGUCAAGCUGUAUAGGGACCUUGGUUAUAAAACUUAUACACAGUUGUGUUAAUCUUGUAUCUGUCCAUUUUUAUAUUUUAGUGCUGGGGCUUAAGUUUAUUGUAAUUUGACAAAAAGUGAUGUAGUUCUUUUUCUUGGUAAUACACAAAAUGGCCCCCAAACCUGAAGUAUAUGUGGUGAUAUGGGAGCCAUGUGAAAUGCAGAUUAAUCACAUGGUGAUUUAUCAUCCUUAUUGUAUUUUUUUUUAUCUAAACUUUCUCACAGGGGUUAAGUUAAGCUUUAUGGAGUUAAAACAUGUUUUGGAAAUAAAAGAAGACAUUCAGAAAUUCAGUUUGCAUGAUUUUCAGUCUGUAUAAAAUGUUAUCUCAAAUUAAAAAAAAAAAAACCGUAUCGGUUAAUAUCGGUUAUCGGUCAUAACAGCAAUAUUAAUAUCGGUAUCGGCCAAAAUUUUCGCAUCGGUGCAUCCCUAGUGUGUAUGUUUCCUUCUUGUCCGGGAUGUGUGUGUGUGUGGAGUGCUGGAGCAGCUGUGUGUGUGUGCUGUGGUGUUUGGUGACGUUUUUUUUUUUUUUGGUGAUUGUAAAUGGUUUCC